AUGCGUUGUGCGACCUGGGUUUUGUUGGGGACCUUCCUCCUGGGCCUCGCAGCGCAGCGAGUCCAGAGCCAGUGUCCAAACCAGUGCCAGUGCCACAGCGACCUGCAGCACGUCAUCUGCGACAGCAAGGGGCUGAAGAAGAUCCCCCAGGUGCCCGAGACGACGCAGCUGGUGAGCCUGCAGUGGAACGACCUGAGCAGCAUCCCCACGGGGGCCUUCAGUAAAAACAAGGAGCUCAACUCUCUGCACAUGCAGCACAGCCACAUCAAGGAGAUCGAGUCCAAGGCUUUCAAGGGGCUGAAGAAGCUCACCUACCUCUACCUGUCCAACAACAAGAUCAGCAUCAUCCAGCAUGGCGCCUUCGAGGACCUCGCCCAGCUCACGUACCUCUACCUGGAUGGAAACCAGAUCAGCGAGCUGGCUAAAGGGAUCUUCUCCCCGAUGAUGAACCUUUUUGUCCUUCAGCUCAAUAACAACAAUCUGCAGGAGCUGCGGCCGGGGACCUUCACUGGAGCUAAAGUCCUGCGGUGGCUGUACAUGAGCGAGAACAAGCUGCAAACCCUGCAGCCGGGCUCCCUGGACCAGGUGGAGAACCUGGCUUUGCUCCACCUGAACGGAAACAAGCUGUCCACCUACCCCAGCGCGGCCAUGAGCAAACUGCGCGUGUUGGAGGAGCUCACGCUGGGGGGGAACCCCAUGAAGACCAUCCCAGAUAACGCCUUCCAGAGCUUUGGGCGCUACCUGGAGAAACUGCACCUGGACAACAUGAGCUUGGAGAAGUUCUCCGACGGGGCGUUCAGCGGCGUGACGGCCAUCACCUUUCUUCAGCUGGACAACAACAACCUGAAGUCUCUUCCUAAAACCCUGCAGCUGAAGACCGUCGCCAACAUGACGCUCUUCAACAACCCCUGGAGCUGCACCUGUCAGCUGGCUCCACUGCGCAGGUGGAUGGACUCGAGACAAAACGGCCCGGAUGCAGUUUGUGCGUCUCCGUCUUCGCAGAGAGGCAAACGAGUGAGCGAGAGCUCGGCCUUGAGGCGCUGCAAGAUCCGGACGAAGCAGAAAAACAAGAAGGACCCGCUCUAACGGGCUCACGGGAAAGGAGUCUGUCCAGGUGACCGGCGGCGCUUACAGACUCUACUCUGAAACAUUAGUUAAGUUUAUUAUUACAC